UGGAGGUAGCUAGGCAGGAAGCAGCUCAGGCACUGGACUGUUUGUGUGCGGAACGCGAGGGCCGGGCUCAGGACACCCUCCACAUGAGAGACGCAGUAUCCCUGUCCCAACACACAGAGGCGCUGUCGGCCCUGUCGGAGCAGCUGGCCCAAACAGCCCAGGAGCUGCAGGCAGAAAGGGCCCUGCGAUGCCAUGCCCAGACUGAGACGGCUAGGCUAGAGGCCCAGCUACAGGACACACAACAGAGCCGUAUACCCAGGGAAGAGCACAACAAAGUUAAGUUGGAGCUGCAGCGCGCUCUGCAGGCCAGUGAGAGCAGUGCGGCAGAGGCCAAGGAUGCUCUGAGUGUGAAGGAGACAGAGCUGAGAGACAUGAGGUCACAGAAGGCUGUGGAACAGGGCCUGGUGUCCAAGGAGGACCAUGAGUCCCAGCGCCUCUCACUGCAGGCCGAUAUCAACACACUCACCGCCCGAUUCAACGACCUCACACGCAAACAUGAGAAGACCUGCACCGAGGUGUUCCAGGUGCAGCGGGAGGCUCUGUUUAAUAAGAGUGAACGUCAGGUGGCCGAGGCUCAGCUGGCCACGGCCCAGCAGCAGCUGGCUGACCUGCAGGCCCAGUCCAGCCACGUCCAGGAGCUCCACAAAGACAUCCAGGACUCCCAGGGCCUGGUCAAGGAGAAGGACCGCAAGAUAAUGGAGCUGUCUAAGGAGGUUUUCCGUCUGAAGGAAGCUCUGGGGGCCCUGAGUCCUCCUCUGGGACUCUCCUCCUCCCACUCCUCCUUUCAUUCCCACUCUGAGAGAGUCCCCCCUGUGAACCCUGGCCAGCAGGUGGCGCUGCAGAACAGAGUGGCUGUACUCUCCAAGGAGCUCCAGGAUUGGGAACGAAAGCACAGACAAGUUGUAGCUGUAUACCGAUCCCAUCUACUGGCUGCUGUACAGGGCCGGAUGGAUGAGGAGGUCCAAGAUCUCUUACUGCAGAUCCUGAGGAUGUCACACAAGGACCAGGGUUACUGACCCCCAUAGGCAGUGUACUCCCUGUGCAAUGGAAGACACAACGGGCUAUGGGACCCAUUACUGUACUACACCAUCUACUAACUACAGUAUGUGUACACACUUACUGAAAGCAACUGGUCUGUUCUGCAUACAGUACAGUACGUGUAGCUUUGGAAAGACAUAGAGGCUAGCCCCUUCAUGACUAGCGUUGAACUGGAUAGACAUGGACAGGUAUGGUUUUCUGGUAUCAGAAAGAGAAAUGUCUGUAUAGAUAAUUACUUGUAUUGAGUAACAAAAAUGUAUCUCGUCUCAAUCGUGUGAUGAGCCUACUGAUUGAAUAUAUUUUGUAUGAUAUUCUUACAAUAAAGACGUAGAA